GGACGUUGCCCGGGAGACGGGGGCGAGGCAGUGGCAGGGCCGCCAGGGACGCGGAGAAAGUCCAUCUUUCUCGGCAGCUGGACGGGCCCGGCGGGUCUGACGGCGGCGGCCUCCGCGGGGAAGGGAGAUGUCAGACUUAGACCUGGAAGACUUCGAAGGCGACCACACCGAUGUCGAGAAAGAAGACGACGACAAGGACACCGAGGAGUUGAAUAGCUCGCGGAUAGAGGGGGAGGAGUUGUCGGAGGAGGAACACUGGGUGCCCACCCCUCUCUCGGAGGACAUGAUGAAGGAAGGGCUUUCUAUGCUGUGUAAGACGGGCUCCGGGUUGGCGCACGCCUUUGUCAGGCUGGAGGUCAAAGACAGGGAACUCACAGACGUCUCCCUGCUGCAGUCCUACAUCCACCUGCGCUACGUGGAUGUCUCUGAGAACCACCUGGCGGACCUGUCCCCCCUCAACCACCUGACCCACCUGCUGUGGCUCAAGGCCGACAACAACCAGCUGCGCAGUGCCCGGCUGCACGAGCUGCCCUACCUGCAGAUCCUCAGCUUCGCCUACAACCAGAUCACGGACACCGAGGGCAUCUCGCACCCGCGCCUGACCAGCCUGGACCUCAAAGGCAACCGCAUCCAAACAUUGACCGGCCUGGAUCCCCAAAAGCUGCAGAACCUGCAGACGCUCGAGCUCCGAGGGAACCAGCUGACCAGCACGCUGGGGCUCAACCUUCCGAAGCUGAAGAACCUCUUCCUGGCCCAGAACCAGCUGACGAAGGUGGAAGGCUUGGAGAAUCUGAGCAACCUCACGACCUUGCACCUUCGAGAUAACAUGAUCACAACGCUGAACGGCUUCUCCAAGGAAAUGAAGUCCCUGCAGUACAUCAACCUGAGGGGCAACAUGGUGUCCGACAUGAGCGAGCUGGCCAAGCUCCGGGAGCUGCCCAAGCUGCGCGCCCUGGUGCUGCUGGAGAACCCGUGUUCCGACGAGAGCGAGUACCGCCAGGAGGCCCUGGUGCAGAUGGCGCACCUCGAGCGCCUGGACAAGGACUUCUACGAGGAGGAGGAGCGGCUGGAGGCCGACGAGAUCCGUCAGAGGCUACGGGAGGAGCCCGAGAUGGAACAGGACGUCGAGCAAGAGCACGAAACUGCAUCCCACUAGCCGCCCCGGCCUCUGCGGGGCCUCCCGAGGUGUGUCCUCAUCCGGAGACAGAGGAGAUGCCCCGCUGGCCCCUGACCUGGGGCUCCCCGCGGGCCCGUGCCCCCCGGCUGCGCGCUGGCCAGGUCGGCGCUGCAGGCUGGGGUGGGGGGCGGGGAGCGCGGCCCGGACGCGCGCGGGAGGGCCGGGCAGGCCCACCUGGGGUGGGGGAAUAAAGCGGCAUUUGGCUACUCUGGCGUCUCGCUGGCCUGCUGAGCCGUCGGCCGUGGGCAUCGUCAUCGGUGGGCGGCCGAGCGUGUCAGUGGGCAGCGGGGCGGGGC